CUUUGGGCUUGGGGAGGAAAAGAGGGGCAGAGGAGGCAGCCAGCAGUAGGAGAGGAGAGAAGCAAACAUGGCUCCGGGCAACCCUAAUUCAGCUCCAAGAAGCCCUAAUUUUCAUCCCGCAGCUUGAAUCGUUGCAAGAACCAGUUUGUGGAUUCGCUGACCUCCUUCCACUUCGAUCAAUCUGUGCUGUUCAAGGGUUUGCAGAGGAAACAAUCAGGUGGAAACUAGGACACCUUUGCAGAAGAUAAAGUGAAAUAAUGGCUGUUCAUAGUUGCAUCAAACAAGUUAUCUAUGAUGAUGGUGAUGAUGAUGAUGGGCCUGCAGUUUUUAAAAGAUCAAACUCUGCAUCCAAGCAAAAACAGUUAAAUUCUGCUUCGAAGAAAUCAACAUCUCAAAGAUGUGAUAGUUCUUUGGGAAAGCUUAGAUCUGAGAAAAGUGUUACGAAUUAUGGGAAUUCCAAUUUUCAGAAGAAUAAGAUAACUUCUACUGUGAAGGCAGCAAGCGAGAAGUCUGAGUCUAUGGUUGCAGGCUCAAAUUCUAGGAUUGCCGAUCAGUCAAAACAUUUUGCAGAACAUAAACUGGCAAGUAAUAGUAAGGAAACAGCGCAUCUGGAUAAUAUUUGUGCUGAUGCUGAAAGCUCAGAUGAUUCAGAUGAUGACAAACCAUUAAGCCAUAGGCUUAAUGCAGCUUCUAUGGUAUUUCAUAGGAACAAUUCGAUGCAUGCGGAUUCUUCUGAACAUAAAUUGGCAACUAGCAGUAAGGAUAAGAUGGAUUUGGAUAAGCCAUGUAAUAAAAGUGAGGACUCCGAUGAUUCUGAUGAUGAUAAGCCAUUAAGCUCCAAAUUUUCUUCAUCAGUGGUUGUUGAGAAAAGCAGCUCCUCGCAUGCCAAGAAAGUGUUUGAGUCCCCCAGGCAUACUUCACUAUCAUCACAAAAGUUAAAAGAAAGGACCAAGGAAGAUUCUGAUGAUUCAGAAGAUGAUGAACCAUUGCUCUCCAGGUUUCAACCAAAAUCCGCUGGUGGUGCAUCUACAAAAAUUUCUGAUGAUGAUGAGAAGCCUUUGGCUUCUAAAGUUAAGCCUAAUGGUUCUGUCAAGAAGGGAACAAGUAAUGAGUUAAGGUUUUCAAAGGGUGCAAACAAGCGUCCUCUUGGUGAUACCAAUAAUCGUAUAGAUUCUUCAAUUAAAAAGGCAAAAGUCUCAGAUUCCUCUUACCAUGCAAAAGUUAAACAAGAAGUUGUAGAGAAAAAACCAGGUACAGAUGAUAAUGACCACAUACCAAUUGCACAAAGAAUAAAAUCAGGGUCAUCAGACAACAAAUCAUCCACUAAUAAAGUGAUGAAGAAGAUCACUUGUUCGCCAUUCAAGAAGGAUAGCAAGAAAAUGAAGAAAGCAAUGAAGAAUUCGAAAUUCUCAAAGUCCCUGAAGGUGCCUCCUGGAUCUGGUGGGGGCCAGAAAUGGACUACUUUGGAGCACAAUGGUGUCAUUUUUCCUCCACCUUACAAGCCUCAUGGGGUCAGAAUGCUCUACAACGGACAGCCAGUUGAUUUGACUCCUGAACAAGAGGAGGUUGCGACAAUGUUUGCAGUUAUGAAGGACACAGAUUAUGCCACCAAGCCUAAAUUUAUUGAGAACUUUUGGAAUGACUGGAAACAAAUACUGGGUAAAAAUCAUGUCAUUAAAAAAUUUGAGCUCUGUGAUUUUACCCCGAUCUAUGAAUGGCAUCAGAGACAAAAGGAGAAGAACAAACAGAUGAGUGCUGAGGAGAAGAAGGCCUUAAAAGAAGACAAAUUGAAGCAAGAGGAGAAAUACAUGUGGGCUGUUGUUGAUGGUGUUAAAGAGAAGGUUGGGAAUUUCAGAGUUGAACCACCAGGAUUGUUCCGAGGCCGUGGAGAGCAUCCGAAGAUGGGAAAGCUGAAAAAACGCAUUCGGCCAAGUGACAUUACGAUCAAUAUUGGUAAAGGUGCACCAAUUCCAGAAUGUCCGAUACCUGGUGAAAGGUGGAAAGAAGUAAAACAUGAUAAUACUGUUACAUGGCUAGCAUUUUGGAAUGAUCCAAUAAAUCUGAAAGAGUUUAAAUAUGUAUUUUUGGCGGCAAGCAGCUCAUUGAAGGGGCAAAGUGACAAGGAAAAAUAUGAGAAAGCCAGACUGUUGAAAGAUUACAUUCAUAAUAUUCGUGCAAAUUAUACAAGGGAUUUUACUAGUAAAGAUGCUGCAAAACGGCAAAUAGCAGUGGCCACAUACCUUAUUGAUAAGCUAGCACUUAGGGCAGGCAAUGAAAAGGAUGAUGAUGAGGCUGAUACUGUAGGUUGCUGCACUUUGAAAGUGGAGAACGUUGUUUUGGUCCCUCCAAAUAAGUUGCAGUUCGACUUCCUUGGUAAAGAUUCUAUCAGAUAUUUCAAUACUGUGGAGGUUGAGCCACCUGUCUAUAAAGCUAUUGGAGAAUUCCGGACUGCAAGAAAAAGUCAUGGUAGUAAGAAAAGUGGUGGAGAUGAUCUCUUUGACUUGCUGGAUACGAGCAAGCUUAAUGCUCAUCUGAAGGAACUCAUGCCUGGUCUUACUGCGAAAGUUUUUCGUACAUACAAUGCUUCUAUUACUUUGGAUGACAUUUUGAAUAGGGAAACCAAGGAUGGUACUCUUCCAGAAAAAAUUGCUGUUUAUCAGCAUGCAAACAAAGAGGUUGCAAUCAUAUGUAAUCAUCAACGCAGUGUCUCCAAGUCUCAUGAUGCCCAGAUGUCAAGACUGAAUGGAAAGAUAGCAGACAUAAAGGCCCAAAGAGAGGAGCUGAAGGUGGAUUUGAGUAGAGCAAGGAAAGGAAAGCCCCCACUUAAAGAUGGAGAAGGGAAGCCAAAGAGGAUCAUGUCCCCUCAAGUGUUAGAGAAGAAGGUUGCUCAGAUUGAUGCAAAGAUAGAGAAAAUGGAAUUGGACAAAAAAAUAAAAGAAGAUUUGAAGACAGUGGCUUUGGGUACAUCAAAGAUAAACUACCUUGAUCCUAGGAUAUCGGUUGCAUGGUGCAAGCGCCAUGAAGUUCCGAUUGAGAAGAUAUUUAACAAGUCACUACUUGCCAAAUUUGCUUGGGCAAUGGAUGUCGACCCCACCUUCAGAUUCUAAUGAAUCAGCCAUUGGCGGGCUUCAAUUUUCUUGCACUAAGGGGAAGAAAUUCCUGCUGGCAGCUGUAUUAAAUUAAUUCUAUUCAGAGGGGGAAAAUACAAUGGUGUAAGAUUGUGUUUUCCAUGCCCAUGGCAUCCAAGAAGCCUCAGGCAUUAUUACUUGUAGAACUGCCAUCAAAUGUAUUAUGAUUCAAAUUAGUUGAGAAAUUGAGUUUGUCAUUGGACAUUCAUUUCUUAAACACAUUAGAACACGAUAAUCAUCUUAAUGUUGCUUUAAGAA